AACAUGCAAGAGGACUUUCUGGAGCAAGCAUGAACUCUUCAGAGGACACAGCGAAUCAUGUUCAGCAUUUAGUUACGUGUCACCUCAACUCCGACGACCAUCGAUUAAUGGUAUCGUUUCCCUCGAACCUGGCAUUUUCGAUCCACCUUACUGCUUGUAUACUUAGCGCAAUCAUCUCGGUAGCAACGAUAUGCCUAAAUUCGUUGGUCGUGCUGACAUUCUGGCGAACCCCUCCUCUGAAGGAAAAGGACUCCUUAUACCUCGUCAUGAUUCUUUCCAUGGUGGACGCCGGAACAGGAAUCUUCUGCUACCCAUCACUAACGUUAUCAUUGGCAACUGAUUUGAUGGGUAUUCCACAGUGUUGGAUAACUCACGUCCAAUCAAGAUUAUUCAUGUUUACAAGCGUGCUCUCCCAAUCAAUUGUUUCAACUAUCAGCACAGAACGAUAUCUGGGCGUCGUUCAUCCAUUCUUUCAUCGCACAAAAGUUACAAAGGAUAAACUUUUGAUGGUCUUGCUUUGUUUUUGGUCGAUUUCCACAUUAGUGUUGGUGCUAGAUGUUUUUGUCCACGAUGCAUUUCAAUUUUUCGCAACAUUCAGCAUUACAUCGCUCGUUCUGAAUACAGUAUUCGUAUACACGGUGAUCGCUUUCGUUGCGGUGCGUUCAAAGAUGAGACAAUGUGAAGGACAGAUACACGUCAAUUCAAAUAAGGAAGGUCAAGAAAACGAUGAUCGAAGAAAAAGUCUAAAGGCCAAGCUGUACUUUCUAAAACAACUAAAAUUAGCAAAGUCCUGCUUCCUUAUUGCCCUUAGUUAUUUGAUGUGUUACAUGCCAACGCUGAUUGUUUUCGGUGCCAUGCCGAAUAGUCUUGAAGACGUAACAUUUUCUAUUGCUUCACGAUGGUGUUUGCUGUUUUUAAUGUGUAAUUCUAUUGCCAAUUCUGUUAUCUUUUUCUGGGGCAGCGCAGCGUUAAGAAAAGCAGCGACAGUCGUUCUCAGAAGUAUGUAUAGGUAACUAAGAGAAUUAUCAAAAACAAGCAUAGGAGGAUGUUACUCGAACUAGAAAUUGUUUGUUGCCAGCAUAUACGGCAUAAAAUUGUUCAUUGUUGAAAAAAAUUUAGGAAGUUUUUUGGGUGUAUAACCACGUACGCUUAGGCUUUCAAGC